GCUCGCAGCUCAGCUAUAUAUGGAGCAGAUAAACCCUACAAGUGUACACUUAUAAGUAGACGGCAGGCAACAUACAAAAGGCUGGCUAUCAAAUUCAGUCUAUGUUGGCAACAAUGGGAGAGGUAGCACCACUAGCAGUAGUGAGCAAGUCCUCGCCGGUUGUGGUCGUCGGAGCCAACGACGACCACUACCGGCAGUCCACCAUCGAUCUGUCCUCUUUCGACAGGUGUUUCGCUCCUUUCCCGGUGACGUUGCUCCUCGUCUUCGACCGCCCAAUCAAGGACCCCGUGGAGAGCAUCAAGAAGGCCGUGUCGCAGGCGCUGGGCGUGGGCCACUACCACCCCAUGGCCGGCCGCCUCACCGCCGACGGCUGCGGCAUCGCGUGCACCGGCGAGGGCGUGUCCUUCGUGGGCGCCUCGGCCAGCUGCGUCCUGGACGACUACUUCUCGCUCAAGGCGGCAUCCAUGGCCGACCUGGCCGUGGGCUACCCUGCUGACCUGUGCCGCCCUGUGGUGGACCCGUUGGUGCUGAUGCAGGUGACGGAGUUCUCCUGCGGCGGGUUCGUGGUCGGGGUGACGUGGAACCACGUCAUGGCCGACGGCGCCGGCAUGGCCCAGUUCCUGCGGGCCGUCGGCGAGUUCGCCCGCGGGGUGUCAUCGCCACCGUCCGUCGUCCCCGUGAGAUCGUCGUCGCUCCUCCCGUGCCUCCCGCCGUCGACGGUCGCUGCACGGAGGGCCAUGAUGGGCGUAAGUGCCAGCAAGGAAAUGGCCAGCCUCGACAUCACCAUCCCCUGGAGCCUGAUCGCCCGCGUCAGAGCCGAGUGGAAGCACGGCCAUGGCGAUGAGGAGCAGCCCUGCACGGUGUUCGAGGCCGUCACGGCGCUGCUCUGGCGGAGCCGCACCCGGGCAAUCACGACGUGCGCCGAGGACGGGUACGACGACGACGAAUUACCGGCGCCGGUGGCGUUCCUGAGCAACGUGCGGCGGCAAGCGAUCAAUUGA